UAUUUUUUGUUUUCUUUUGAAAAUCUGAAUCCCUCAAUGUUCUUGGAUUAACUUUUGUCUCAAAACUGUUGCAUCUAAGGUUGAUGAAGUUUUGAUGAUUAAUCAACAAUUAUUAGUAUGGUUUGUAACACUUUUAUUAAAGGUUUCGGUCAGUAAAAUAUUGUUAUUUAGUUCCAACUCGUUCUUUCUUUUCGUUUUGCACGAAACAUUGAAUACCCAAAAAAUAUUACUUUUCUUUAUCCCUCAAUUUUUGUAAAAAAAAUCCUUCUAUUUACACAUCUUUUCAUAUCCAAUUUAGAAUUACAGUUAACAAUGUAAUUUAAAGUUUAAAGAAAUUUCAUUGGGUAUUGUUUAGGUAUUCCGUCCCACAAAUGUCAGCUGAUAUUGGGAUAGGAUCUUUAGAAAAAAAAAAACUGAAUUCGGAUCUUAUAGAAAAAAAAACACACACAGAUAAUGAUUUAAAUGAUGGAUCUUGCUUCAUAUGUAAUUUGAUUUUGCUGUCGGUGAUAUUUUCGCUAUAUAUGUCUUUUUGUCUUUUUGUUUGUUGCUAAGUGUCUGUGCGUCUGUUUUCUGUUUGUCUAGUUGUGUAAAUGUCAGUGUUUUAUUUUUCGAUUUUGACUGUCAAUGACGCAGAAUCAAAAAAAUAAAAUAGAAAAUCAUUUGGAUCUAUUUCUGUUUAACAUUUUACACAAUUAUUUGAAUUUUUUUAUUUAGAUUAUUAUCAAGCAAAUGAAGUAGAAAACGAUUUGGAUAAAAUUCAAUCUACUAGCUUUUUUGAGUUACUGCUAAAAAUGGAAUUCGAUUAAUUAUAAAUUUUGAUUUAUUAAGAAAUAGAAAUAGAAGAAUAUAAUUGGUUUGGAGUUGACUGCACGAUGGAUGUGUCAGUACUAAAUUUGGCACUUCUGAUGUUGUCUACUCAUUGACUCACUAGGACCAUUUAUAGUCACACCAAUGUUUCCUCCCACUUGUUUUUCUUGAUUAUUAUUAAUUUUAUUACAAUACUUUGAAGACAUUAUCGACUUUGUUUGGCCAGAAGUGAUCCAUCUAAGUUCUUAAAGUUAUUACUUCCUAUAUAAUUCUCAAUUAUCACUCAUCUAGACAUUCUUAACAUUCUUUCCAGAUAAAAUCAUUGCAGAAAAAGAUAAAACAACCGUCAGGUUCUGCCAAAAUGAUGAGACCGAUCUUAGACCUCGAGAUUGAAGCUUCAUCGAAACAUGAUCAUUCAGACAGUACCAGUAGCCAAGUUGCCUCGAACUUGUCUCCCGUUGGAGACGAUUACAAGCCCAUCUCUCUCGAUCUUAGCCUCUGUUUCAAUAACAACAACAACAACUUGGAUCUUGAAUCAUCUUCUUUGACGCUGCCAAUUUCAAGCACCAGCGAAAUUAGCAAUCCGGAGCAACAACAACCAUCAGUAUCCAAGAGGGUUUUCUCUUGCAACUAUUGUCAACGGAAGUUUUACAGCUCUCAGGCUCUUGGCGGUCACCAAAACGCUCAUAAACGCGAGAGAACGCUUGCCAAACGCGCUAUGCGUAUGGGCCUCGCUGGAGUUUUCCCUGGCAGAGGAUCUAGUAGCUCCUACGCCGCUGCUGCCACAGCAGCUGCUCUCUCGUGCCUCCCGCUGCAUGGAAGCGGAAACAACGGUAACAUGACGUCGUUCAGGACUUUGGGAAUCAGAGCGCAUGCCUCCCCCCACGACCUCGGCAUUACAAGGCCAACACAAGAAACGAUCAUUAGAAACAUUGCCAGGUUUAACCAGGGGUACUUCAGUAAUUUCGUUCCUUUUUUGGUUGAGGACGACGAGGCCGAGCUGCUAUGGCCGGGGAGCUUCAGGCAACAGGCGUCGGAUGCGGCUGAAGGAGGUAAUGGUGAUUUAGGUCAACGGAAAAUGGAUUACUUGGAGGUCAAACAAGCAGUGGACAUGAAGUGUUCUCUUCCAGAUCUAACGUUGAAGCUUUGAGCUAUCUUCCUUUUUUCUCUUUUUGAAUUUGGAUUCUUAAUUUGCUUUCGCGAGAUUUAUAACUCUAUUAUGUACAGUGAGCGUUUUACAAACCAUUUCUAAUAUGUUUUCGCUAUGUGGUCACUUUCAAUUGAUGGACUUAGAAGUCAAUUCUAGUGUUUUCUUAUGUGUAUUAACGAAAGGGAUAUGUAUUUGAUAUAAAGUAUAUAAGUGUGCACUUGUGAAUAAUCACUAGGUAAAAAUCUAUGAAACCUUUUAUUUUAAGUAU